UCUUUAAAUAAACGUUCAUUGUGUGUUAUACUUGCCGACUGGAGUACACGCCAUUGAAGGUGUUGAUUAAUUCAAAAUGCUUGCGAAAACGUUGCGCACCAACUUGAAGCCGUUUAUUGUGGGAUUCUGUACUUGUGCAUUUCUCUUUUCGGUCGUGGCGAUGGUGUUGCGGAUUAAAACAGACAGUGUGUAUAGCUCAACAAACCCAAUACCGAAAUCGGACAAACUCGGCUGGCAGGCAGAUGAGAAGGUAUCUUCUGACAAAACAGCGAUAUCCGCGGGGACAAUAAGCGAUCUCGCAGGUACAGUGAGCGAUCACCCAGAGACAGUCAGCGAUCACACAGGUACAGUCAGCGAUCGCAUUCGGAAGGUACUGAUUCAUGGAAACGGCAGUUAUAAUUUGCACCCAGAUCUUCGUAACAAAAAUUCUUUUUCGCAGUAUGGGCAAGACAAGUACCUAAGCAGCCACUUUGGGUCGAAAAGAAAUGGGUUUUUUGUUGAAAUCGGAGCGUAUGACGGACAGUUUCUAUCGAACACAUUACUCCUUGAAAUGAAGAACAACUGGACGGGACUUUUAAUUGAAGCCAAUCCACACAUGUUUUCUCUCAUAUCUUCUGUAAACAGAAAUUGUUAUGCUAUUAACUGUUGCCUUGGAUAUACGAAUUCGUCCUUGACAUUUACGCUUGCCGGGAUGAUUUCCAGUGCAGAUGCAGUCAUAACUGCACGUCACAGGAAUAGAAUAAACAGCGAAAGUAACAAUUUUAAAAAUGACAAAACGUACAACAAAACCGUAACCGUUCAAUGUUACAGCCUCUUCGAAGUUCUGAACGUGAUUGGAACUAAAAAGGUGGAUUACUUCUCAUUGGAUGUUGAAGGCGCGGAAUUGUACAUCCUGGAGUCCAUAGACUGGAACCAAAUUGACAUUGAUGUCUUCACCAUAGAAACGGAUCAACACAGAGACACAAUAAUGUCGUUCAUGAAAGAUCACGGAUAUAAAUGGCUUACACAAUUGCAAGGAGAUGACAUUUUUAGUAAACGACGUGAUUAGCAUAGCAUUACAUGUUGGCAAAACAUGAGUAUAAUUACAGUGACAGAAUGUGUUAUUCACAUCAUCGAAACGCUUUGGUGAGUUUUUGGUAAGCUUGUGAACAUAACGAUAUGUAGGCACUUUAGCAGAAUGCGAAUACUAGUAAUAUGCUCGCCAUAUUAACGUACAUUGUGCAUGUUCGAGUCCAAACAGUAAAGAAAGUAUACAGGAAAUAUAUUUAAUGUAUUAUAUUUAUAUAUAAACAUUUUAUUCUGUAUCUAUAAAUAUGUAAUAAAUGUAUUUUUCUCUA